AUGGGAAGACAGUCACCGUUGCAGAUGCUUACGAAGAGCAUCACAGACUUGAGCGACAUAGUGGUUUUUGGCUCGCCAUGCACGGUCCAUAGAGAUGCGCGUAACAAGUCGCUGGGGGAGCGUGGAAAACAAGGCAUCAUCAUCGGCAAGGGCGAUGAAAUGAAGGGCUACAGGGUUUAUUUGCCAAGGGAGAAGUCCGUCGUCGUCACACAGCACGUUCGAAACGUGGAGACACUGACCAAGGAGCAGAAUGCGCAAUUACGUCGUGUACAUUCGACGGUUAAAGAUGGAGAAAAUGGCGAGCGUGGCGGUUAUGCGUCGAUGAAUAACCCAGUACUGGUUCUAUGA